UGAUCUUAAAAUGUUCAGUGUGAUUUAAUCUCUUUCAUGAUAUGUGUAUAAGAAUUUUACAGCCAAAGCUUCCCGUAACUCGUAAAUGGCUAUCAAUUUGGAGGGAUCCAUGCCACAGGUUCCUCUCCUCCACUCAACAUCCCAUUUUCAGAAGAUCCAAAUCUUCUCUUGCCCCGGCUUUCUUCUAUACCAAAAAUCUAAAUUUCCUUGUCACCGAUAUUCAUAGGUUUUGUCUGUACAUGCCAUUUGUCCUAUGUAUUUUGAAGAAACAGGAGGGAACUAUUUCAUUGAAAAACAGUAAGUGUUCCUCUCUUCACCAUUUUCACUCAUUUGGUUUUAUGCUUUGAAAGAACAGUAACGUGCGAUCGGGCGGGACAAUGCAAUAAUACUGGCUUUGAGUCAAGCCUUGAUUAAAUGGACCAGCUUUUGAAUAUGGGAUUCCCCCAGGAGCUUGCAGCACAGGCUCUGGCUGCCACUGGAGGGAAAUCUACUCUAAGAGCCACUGAAUGGAUCCUCAGUCAGCGGUCUGAGGCCCAGAAAGCAGCACCGUCAAUAACUCCAGUGUCACCCAGAGUGCAACACCAAGCACGAGUUGAUCGUUUCUUUCAAGGGGGUCCCCAGAAGCAGUCUGCGAGAGAAGACAUUUCAACUGCUUUGCCUUCAGACCAUUCGAGAAUCAUUGCUCCUGGUACAGCAGCGUGUGAUACUGUAGACAGCGAGUACAAAAUUGAAAUGGUUAUGAAGAGCAUCCGUGAAGAUCCGUCCAAAGGAGGUGUUCAAAUGGCAUACACUGAAGGUAAAAAGGGGCUUCCCAAUCCAAGUGGAGAUUGUGUAGGAACUGCUAAUGCCAUCAAGUCCAUUCCAUCUUUGCUGCCUUUAAGAGAAUCUCCAGAUGCAGAACCCUUCCUCAAGAGGCAAAAACAGGAACCUAGGGAUUCUUCAAGCCAGACAAAACCAAGCAUUCCAUUUAGAUUUCCUCCUCUAAGUUCACAAAAGGCAGUUGCAGGUUCAAACUCUCGUUCAAAUGCUGUCCCACUUUCAGAAAGAAUGCGUCCUGUUUCAGUGGAUGAAAUUGUGGGACAAGAGCAUCUGCUUGGAAAGAAUUGCAUUCUUCGUUCUCUAGUUGAUUGUGAUCGACUUCUUUCGGUACUUUUUUGGGGCCCACCUGGUACAGGUAAGACAUCACUUGCUAGAGCUAUUGCAAACUCAGUGUCCUACAAGUUUGUAUCAAUCUCAGCUGUCACAAGUGGCCUUAAAGAAGUUCGAGAUGUAUUGGAGGAAGCAAAACGCAUGAAGAAGACAAGCCAGCGCACACUUUUCUUUGUGGAUGAAGUGCACAGGUUUAACAAAGCACAACAAGAUGCUUUCUUACCAGUGAUUGAGGAUGGAAGUAUUGUUUUCAUUGGGGCCACCACCGAGAAUCCUUCCUUUGAAAUUAAUAAUGCACUUCUGUCAAGAUGCCGGGUGCUUACUUUGAAUAAACUGCAACCUGAAGACGUAAGGAAGCUGCUGGAACGGGCAAUUACAGACAGUGAGAAGGGCUUAAUGGUGUCAUUAAAAGGAUUUUCGUGUGUAGUGGGUGUGAAAGUUGAAGAAGAGGCUAUUGAGUUUCUUGCAAGUGCCUCUGAUGGAGAUGCUCGAGUGGCUUUAAAUGCUUUAGAAAUAGCAGCAUCUACUGCAGCCACUCGUGAAAAAGAUCAAGGAAUUUCAACAAGCACAAUGAAUAGGAGUGAUCAUGAAGGUAGCAGGGAAGAUUCAUGCCCCGGGGGUCUCACUGUGCCUUUCAAGAAAUUUGAAGGUGGACGAGAAGCAAUUGCUUACACCCCUUGCAAGACAAGAGAAUCACUAUUUGAAGCAAUGAAGAAAUUAGAUGCUAGCUAUUCCCAAACAGUACAAGCAAAUGAUGGUGGGGUUUUAGGUUUUUCUAAUGUCCACAAAUCUUUGAAAGAGAGUACCUGGAUUGGAGGUGGGGCAAUACAAGAUGGUAUAAUGGCCACUAUCACGUUGAAUGAUGUCAAAGAAGCACUGCAGUGUAAGAACCUACUUUAUGACAAAACAGGAGAAGAACACUAUAAUAUAAUUAGUGCAUUGCAUAAAUCUAUGCGGGGAAGUGACCCAGAUGCUGCCUUGUAUUGGUUAGCACGCAUGCUAGAGGCAGGUGAAAGCCCACUGUACAUAGCUAGGAGACUGGUCAGGUUUGCUAGUGAAGAUGUUGGAUUGGCAGAUCCCUCUGCUCUCCCUCAGGCUAUUGCUUGCUAUCAGGCAUGUCAUUUUCUGGGGAUGCCAGAGUGCAAUGUGAAUCUUGCUCAGUGUGUGGCAUAUUUGGCUUUAGCCCCCAAAUCUGUUGCAGUUUAUCAGGCCAUUGAUGCGGCCCAAAGGUUAGUGAGAGAGAAUGGUCAGAAUGAGCCUGUGCCUCUACAUUUGAGAAAUGCACCCACAAAACUUAUGAAGGAUCUUGGUUACGGGAAAGGCUAUAUCUAUCCACCAGGUCAUUCAAGCCCUAUUAGGCAAGAGUAUCUUCCUCCCUCUUUGGUAGGCUGCAAGUUUUUGAACUGGCCAGAUGAAAAUAUUUCAAGAUAGUUUUACAUAAUUGUAGCUCCAAUGCAUAUGAAUUGUAGUGGAAUUUACAAUGUAUCUAAUUUUAUAGAAGUAUUGCAAUCUCAAAACUUUUUCCAGAAAGUGCACUAGGCAUCACGGUAAUGUAUUUCCCAACUUAGAAGUUUUUUCACGGAAAUUAAGCUACCAUUUAAGCAUAAUACCAGCACAAGUUUUGCAUGCAUUGAAUUCAACACUGUGGCAUUUAUCAGAGUCAUAUAGGAUAAGGUUUCCUUCAUCUCUUUUCUUUGCAGAUGGGCGUUUUUUGUUGGAUGUCCAUUUUGUCUUUUCCAAUGUUAUGAAAGCUGAGGGAUGAGUUAUGA